ACUAUUAAAUGUUUACUUUUUUUGUUUAAUAUUGAACGAAAAAAAAACAUAUACAACAAAAAGAAGGACAAUAAGUGUCUUAACUGACUAAAUCUAUAAAAUGCUAUAAUUAUGAUUGGACUGAAGUUUUCUUUACAAAAUCAUUUUUUGUAAUUAAUUAGUUUUUUCCCCUUGAUUAGGUCGGAUUCUGAUUCAUUACGAGUUGGUAUUCUGCCUGCUUCAACGAGGAGUAUAAAUAUGCCACCUAACCCGUCCUACUCAACCCUCCGACCCCCCUCCUCCUUUUCCUCAUCCUCCAACCCUUCCAGCCACAAUACCUCCCUCCUCUCCAGGGAGGACAAUAUGGUCCAGGAGGACAACUUCUAUAACCAGGACAGAGUCCUAGAUAGGACAGGACAUACUCUCUCCAGGGUCCUGAGGGGCUGUGAUGGUUUGGGAAUGUAUAAAACCAUGCCUAGAGUAGGACUAGAUGGACUAUAUCCAGGGCAAGAUGGUCCCUACUCAAGCCACUACCCUGAGCAUUCGUCCAGUUCUUAUCCAGUCCAACCUCAAGACUGGGUUGAGUCCAGUAACAUAUCAGGACAGGAGGAGUUAAACCCUAACCUGGCCAGAUCUAGGGAGAGUAAAAUCUAACCCAUCCUCUCCAUUUAUAUCUAGGUCUAUCACCUUGUUGCGCUCAUUUCUCAAGGGACGUAAUAUUAAGUGACGUUUCGUUCUUAGACAUUUGUCUGAUCAAGAAUAUUGAAGUCUGUUUUCUUAAAAUUAGUUCUUUGACAUGUUUGUUUUUCGCGGAGUUUCAGCAAAAAUACAUUAAACCAAGGGUGUAAUGCAAGGAAAGUUAAUUGCGGUCGUAUAUACUCUGCGUAAAUAUUGAAACCAGUUCUCUUUUG